AUGGAAUUCCUCUCCCAGCUGAACCCCGAGCAGAGACAGGCGGUGCUGCACACGGACGGACCGCUCCUGAUUCUGGCGGGGGCCGGAUCCGGGAAGACCCGGGUCAUCGCGUCUCGCGCCGCCUACCUGAUCGCCGAGGGCCAUGCCGAGCCGGACCGGCUUCUCGCCGUCACCUUCACGAACAAGGCGGCGGAGGAGAUGCGGGGGCGGGUGGAGCGGCUGGUGGACACCGGGGACCGCCGCCUGUGGAUCUCCACGUUCCACGCCCUCUGCGCGCGGGUGCUGCGCCGGGAGGGCGGAGUCGGGCUCACCCGCGAUUUCGUGAUCUACGACUCGUCCGAUCAGUUGGCGGUGGUGCGCUCUCAGCGCCAUCAGCCGCGCGAAGAACCAGAUGCUGUGCCGCCCGGGGAGCUGCAGCAGGAGAGCUGGAGCGCGCGGGGCGAGCUGGUCGUCAAGGUGUACGAGGGGUACCGGCGCGCCCUCGGCCGCGCCAACGCCCUCGACUUCGACGACCUCCUGCUGCGGACGAAGGAGCUGCUCGAAACCGCCGCGCCGGUCCGGCGCCGCUACGCGGAGCGCUUCCGGUUCGUCAUGGUGGACGAGUAUCAGGACACCAACGCGCCGCAGUACCGUCUCAUCCGGCUCUGA